AUGCCAAAAUUCAUGAGACCAUACAUUGAGGGAAUUGUGGAUGUUAUUGGUGACAGACAUUGUGGAUUUAGGGCUAUUGCCGAACGCGUGGGUUUGAUGGAAGAAAGUCAUGUUAUGGUGCGGAGAGCACUUAUUAAAGAGUUGAAAGAGCAUAUGAACAAAUACACCAAGGUAUAUGCGAGGGAGGACCGUUACAAGUACAUUUUGGAUGGAUUGCAUCCCCCCAAAAAUCCUUGUAGCUUUGCACCUCCCGACAAAUGGUUGACAUUGCCGGAUAUGGGACACAUCAUUGCAUCUUGUUACAAUAGGCCGGUGGUGGAGAUGACUACCCUUGAUAUUGGAGUCUCCGAGACUUUUUUCCCACUUAGAGGUGUGCCUCCGGUUAAUCCGAAAAGCAACAUGAUUUGCCUUGGUUUGAUCCCAAAUCAUUUUGCCAUUCUUUCGUUGAAAGAUGGUUGUCCACUACCUCCAUCAUCCACGGAGUGGAGAAAUCAUAGGAGCGAUGAGGCAAAAACAUGA